CUGGCCUGACGUUAGCGUUUUUAAAAAUAAUGGGGCGGGGCAAGGAGGAGGCUGCCGCCCUGCUGCGCAGGCGCACCUCGAGGAGGAAGCGUGAGGUUGUGGCGCGGGGCGAGGAGGGGGUCGCUGCACCUGGACCGAAGGGGCCUGCCUGGAGACAAUGCAGGGUGAACAGAGUCCCGCUGCUUCCCUCAUUGACAGAACGAUCAAGAUAAGAAAAGAAACCGAAGAGAGGAAAGUGGUCCUGGCCUGGGGGCUUCUCAACCUGUCAGUAGCUGGCAUAAUUUAUACUGAAAUGUCUGGAAAACUAAUAAGUUCCUAUUAUAACAUUUCAUGCUGGUUAUUGUGGUAUAUUGAGCUUGCAUUUGCAUCUUUGUUCAGCCUCAACGCCUUGUUUGAUUUCUGGAGGUACUUCAAGUAUACGGUGGCCCCAACCAGCUUGGUUAUGAGCCCAGGUCAACAGACCCUCCUUGGCUUGCAAAAUGCAGCUGUCCAGACGACUCCACCCCGUGAGUUGGUGCCAAAGAAGACUCCUCCUUCCACACCCUCCCCGCCAAUCCAAGGGCAGAGUGUGCUAAGCUACAGUCCUUCCCGCUCACCGAGUGCCAGCCCCAAAUUCCCCACCACCUGCAUGUCUGGCUACAGCCCUCAGUUCCAGGCUCUGUCAGGAAGUAGCGGUUCUUACAGCACUGCUGUGAGCUAUUCCCCAGGCAGCAGCUACGGUAAGGUGCCACCUUUCAGCCCUUCUCCAGGGGCUUCACCAUACCCCACCACGAUAGGUCCAGUAGACAGCAGUGGAAUGAGGUCUCGGUACCGCACAUCCCCAGCCGUCUACAAUUCCCCUUCUGGCAAAGAAGACUAUAUGACAGACCUGAAGUCACUAGACAGCUUCCUUCGAAGCGAGGAAGAGAAGCAGCAUAGGGUUCAGCUUGGGAGCUCUGAUUCCAGCUCUCCUUCCAGCAGUCCAACCUUCUGGAAUUACAGUCGCUCCAUGGCAGACUAUGCACAGAUGCUCCGGAAAUUCCAGUACCAGCCUGCCUGCAGGUCCCAAGCCCCCUCGGCCCACAAAGAUGAAGCUGAUCUGAGUUCCAAGCAAGCUGCAGAAGAGGUCUGGGCAAGAGUGUCGACAAGCAGACAAUUGCUCGACCACAUGGACUCGUGGACCGCUAAGUUCAGAAAUUGGAUUAAUGAGACUAUUUUAGUGCCUCUUGUUCAAGAGAUUGAGUCUGUGAGCACCCAGAUGAGGAGAAUGGGGUGUCCGGAGCUGCAGAUUGGAGAUGCCAGCAUCAGCAGUCUGAAGCAAGCAGCCCUGGUGAAAGCUCCACUCAUCCCUACAUUGAACAAGAUAGUGCAGUACCUGGACCUUACGCCAAACCAGGAAUAUUUGGUCGAACGGAUCAAAGAGCUUUCCCAGGGAGGCUGUAUGAGCUCAUUCAGAUGGAAUCGAGGAGGGGACUUUAAAGCACGCAAGUGGGAUACUGAUUGGCCAACAGACUCUGCGAUCAUCAUGCACGUGUUCUGCACAUACCUUGAUUCCAGGCUCCCACCUCAUCCAAAAUACCCUGAUGGCAAAACCUUUACCUCCCAGCACUUCAUUCAGACGCCAGAUAAGCCGGACGUUUCAAAUGAGAACUUGUUUUGCAUCUAUCAAAGCAGCAUCAACCCCCCUCACUAUGAGCUCAUUUACCAGAAAAAUGUCUACAGCCUUCCCAAGGGCAGAAACAACCUGUUCCACACUUUGCUUAUGUUCCUGUACAUCAUAAAGACCAAGGAAUCUGGGAUGCUUGGGCGGGUCAAUCUUGGCUUAUCUGGCGUGAAUGUUCUGUGGAUUUUUGGAGACUAGUAUAUUUGUCGGUUGAUACAGCUAAAGUUCUGUUGAACUUGGGAAUGUAUGCCUUCACCUGUUGUGGGAAGAGGACUCAGCGGCCUGCUGCACAACUGCCUCGAAGCAUGACUAGGAUAUGAAACGAAAUGUGUUUUUAACUGUUUGGACUAGUAUGAAAUAGUUUCAUUGAAACCAAAGGAUUGCAUCACUUGAAAAAAGUUGUCUUGGAAAGCUCCAUUUCUAGAGGUGAAUUGAUCUUCAUUGCUUCUGCUGGGUAAAACUGCUUUUUCUGAACAGCAGAACAGAAGACAACAGGAAGGGAUUUGAUUUGCUACACUCCUUCAGUCUCAGCAAAUUCACCAAAAUGUGACACUAAGUCCUACCUUAAUGCAUUGCUGAAUUGGAGACUGAGCGUUCAAGUGAGUCUGCUACUUCUGUUUUAGUAAAGGGACUGAUCCCUUUUUUUUUUAAGGUCACACCAGAAUAUCUAGCUAUAAGUUCCAAAAGCCACAGGGAUGUGAUAAAACCAGGAUUCUGUUAGGUCCUAUAGUUGGUUGUCUUUUUUCUGUUCAUGCUCCUCUCCUGGUCACAGAGAGAUGUGCCUUGCAUCACUGGCACAUAAGUAAUGUGAUUUGUGCUCUGUGUUGCCCUUUUAAACUGACAGUACUGUGGCUGCUCAGGAACAGUUCAGAGUCGGUUUGCUUGGUUUAGCAGAAAUUCUAAAGAAAAAUUGGCAGGUGUACCAUUUUUAAAGAUGCCCUCUUUUUCCUGGGGUCAUGCCAGCUUGGUUUCCAUUGAGACUGAGUGUAUCUGUAUUGUGACUCGUAAUGACAAAGAGGUUCAUGAGAUGGUUUAUGCGGCUUGUCUCACAACUAGUCAUGUGUCCUAUCAAUAUGACAGAAAUCUGCAUUUCACACUUCCUCAUCCACACUAUGCUCUUCUCGGGGACAUAAGACCUCUGUUGGUAUCUUGGUGCUGUCAUUAAAGAACUGCUUUUGGUUAAA